GCGCCCGGCGGCCCCGCGCACCCGAGGCGCAGCGGCCCGGCCCCGCGGCCCCGUGAUGGGCUCCUGCGUGUCGCGAGAUCUGUUCACAAGUGCCCACAAGGACUGCCCCACGCCCCAGGGCACAGACCCCCUGAACCCAGACCUGCCCUCCGGCCGCCCACCCACCAUUGCUCCAGACCACGUCACUGGCAAGGACAAACAGAUGGAUUUCUGUUGGGAUCCUUGGCAGAGGUGCUUCCAGACCACCAACGGCUACCUAUCCAGCUCCAGAUCCUGUUCCAGCAACUACCAUGUGGCAGCCCUGGCCACCUCGUCCCUUGUGGGGGUGGUGCAGAGCAUCAAGGACCACAUCACAAAACCCACGGCCAUGGCGCGUGGCCGCGUGGCCCACCUCAUCGAGUGGAAGGGCUGGAGUGCCCGGCGGUCAGGCUGGGAGCUGUCCCCAGCCGAGGACGAGCACUACUGCUGCCUCCCAGACGAGCUGCGCGAGGCCCGCUUUGCUGCAGGGGUCGCUGAGCAGUUUGCCAUCACAGAGGCCACUCUGAGCGCCUGGUCCUCACUGGAUGAUGAGGAGCUGCACCCCGAGAACAACCCGCAGGACAUCGUCCAGCUCCAGGACCUGGAGAGCACCUACCUUCAGGACGGCCUUCUGAGUGGCCCCUCGCAGGAUGAAAGUCUUCUGGCCUUCUCCUCCCCAGGCCUCUCCCCUGACGUCUGGCCCUCACCCGAGGAGCCCCCCAUCACAGCGGCUGACCCACAGCCCCCCAGCCCGGAACAGCAGCCUCGGAGGCGGCUACCGGGGGCCCCAGGGCCCGAGGGUGGGGCCCCCCUGCCGGGCUCCCCCCACUCGGUGGAUAGCAGCUCUGUCUCAGAGGAGGAAGACGAGGUGUUCUAUAAGUGAGGUGGGGACUGCACGGGGCCAGCACCUGCUCACACCACGACCUCAGCUGGUGGGCAGCCCAGGCAUAUCAGGACCCCAGGGUCUCAGGCUGGGCAUCUCUUGACCCCUCGGGGCAGGCACAAGUGGGGGUGGUGGGGAUGGGGAGCCAGCACUUCUUGUGGACCACUCUGUGCCUCCAUGGACCUGCCCCAGCAGUGGGAGCCAUAACCCCCUCCUUCCUUCUGUACUUGGCUCCGGUGGGCAACUUCCCCUGCAGGGCUUGUGCCUCAGGGAGCUCAAGGACCCUCAGCAGACCCAGGGCCACCCGCACCAGGGGAGCUGACAGACAGGCCUCAGGCAGACAACCAUGGAAGGGACUGGGAGACCCACUUGGAGUGGGGCCCGGGGACCCUGCCUUGACCCUGGGCUCAGUCCCUCCGCCACUCCCUCUGUGCACUGCCCCCCAUCAAAGGUCGGGCAGCCACCUCUGGUAGCUAAGCAUCCGCUGCUCCUCAGCUCUCUUCAUGAGGAUGUCUGUCUCUCUGGAGUGUCUGUCUGUCCCUCACUCUCUGAACCUACUUCCUUGUGCCCCCGCUCCCCACCCCAGGGAGCCUGCUUCCCCUCUUUUAC